CUGGUGCACGCUUCCAGAACAGUCGUUGCGGCAGCCAACUUCUCUCAGUGUUUGAACAACAUCGUUCUGAAUGCAAUUUCUACCCAAGACUUGUAUGGUUUACUCAACAAUACCGGAUAUCCUGUGUCGAAUGUUUCUGAUGCAACAGCGAUCACCUACUUGAUGUGUAAAUCCUGGUGCGGAACUGGACAAGAAGGUUUUCAGUGGCCUGAAUUUUCGCAAGAAUUCAGUGCAUGGCUGCUGCCAAAUAUUGCACUGAUUUCACAGCUCCCCUUUGGCGCACAGUACAGGCUUGAUAAUCUCAUGUCUGCUGUGUUAACUGUUGGUUCACCGACACUUGCUGGUUACUCUCUAUUCCUCACCCUCCUCAACUCUCGCUGGAUCGCCUACCAGUUUGACUCGCUGAACUAUCAUCCCAAUUCACACUUCGUGCUCUCCAUCUUGAGCGGUCUUCAGCAAGUCCCUCUCAGACUGCAUCCUGAUCACGAACGCUUGCCAUCUCUCAUCCUUCUGGAAAAUAACUGGUGGAAGUGUCUUGCUGAAUUUGUGGACUACACCCAUAUGUGGUCAAUUGCGUCUGCAACCUCCAUUGCAUGGGUCAUUAUCGCCUAUAUCCUGACUGUUGCCAACUCACCAUCGAAUGAAGCAGACUUCCAAUCCAACGGAGAGGCCACUGGCUCAUUGUGGUUGUGGUUGAUUCCAAUAGUCGUCGGAUGGUUGCAGCUCUCCCCGAAAUACGACUUCAAUCGCUUACAAGCUGCAUAUGACCAUGCAGACAGGCACAACAUGCACACAGGAACAGCAGACGUCCGUGUUGGGGCACUUUCGGCAUCAUCCCAGAGAGCGUUGGCAAUAACUGCUAAAGAGGAUGAUGUGAUGUCUCCAGACGAACUCCUCACCCCUUCGGUGUUCAAUUACUCACGUUUAUUGCGAUGGGCAUCUACAGUGGAGACUAUCUUCAUGGACGCAGAGGCAUCGGAGAAGGCCUAUAGCCAUCUUCCCGUGUGCGGGAUGCCAGUGUAUUGCGCGGAACCUAAUGGGGUGCAGAUUGUAUGCAGCCAUUGGGCACCUGGCGUGUUCACAAGAAUGUUUUUCGCUUCCUGCGCUUCGCUAGGAUUACAAUGGGGAACAGUUGGGGCAGCACUUGUGGUGGCAUGGUUCACUCCUACAACAAAAAUUGGGUGUCGAUUUAUGGGCUAUCUCAUUUACGGGGCCAUUUUGACUUUGAUUUGGAUGAUGCUCCUGGUGUCCAGUAUCCUCGCCCAGUAUUCCGCCGCUGACCGCCACCGAGUAUCGCUAUCCACACAUGUUGCCCUAGUGUCUUCACAUGUCCUGCGGUGGACGGGCAAAUUGCUCGCCAUAGUAAACUUUUUCCUGGUGAUCUUGGCGUGCGUAUUCCAGUACUCCAACUUUUACGAUAGGUGUUUCUGCAAUUCCAGCGUAUUUAGCAGGGGAGGCGCAGCGUAUGAUGUGAUUAUUGAAACCACAGCCAAUAAUGGUGCCUGGAUUGGUGCCCUUGUCUUAGCGUGCGUGUCAGCAUCAGCUUUCCUUGGUAUCCUGAAUCUUUUGUUGGACACUCUACCAUCGUAGACAAUUAGGAGGAGUAGGUUAU